UUUAUUUUAUUUCAACAUCGAAAUUAGAUUACAUUGAGUAAAACCAGAAGGUGUAGAUAGUGGUGAUUCCAAUCCCAUAGCUAAUGCUAGAAGAAAAUCAGAGUCUUUAUGGUAGUUGAAGAGAUACUGAAAAAAACUGAUGAGAUUCUCUUUAGUGUUGUUAUGCUCUAAACCAAGAAUAUCUUCAGCUCUGUCUUGUCCUCAUUAAGAGAUGAGAUCAGUUAAAUCAUUGAGUUGAAUCACAAUAACUUGUUUGUUCUUGUAAACUUCUUCUGUUUGCUAACACUAGUUUCAGAUGGAUCAUAUUUUGGAAACUCUAGUAUUUGAACUGAUUUGACAAUAACUUUCUAUUAAAUCCAAAUACUUAUUAGAUGAAAAACCGCCAGCUAAUUUCUGAAUGUCUUGGACUAAGUUCAGUUUCCAAAAAUCUGAUACAGAAAGUGUUUUUUCAAAUGAAGCCAAUAAUUGUAUUUUAGUAACUUGUAGAUUUUCAAAUUCACUUUUCUUUGUAUAUGGGGUAUAUACAAUUGUUUGGCUGAAGUGUGGAUACCUGUUAUAGAUUUUGAACACACAUUUUCUACUUGACAUUCAUGCCCUUGAGGUUUGCUCUUAUAAUUGGUUCUUUAGGCAGGAAGGUAAGAAAACGUAGUUGGGUGGUACCAUUCACACCCUGGUUAUGGUUGUUGUCUUUCUGUAUCGAUGUUUCAACGCAGAUGCUGAACCAUCAGCAUCAGGAGCCAUUUCUGGCUGUAGUGAUUGAUCAACUAAGAUAGUUUCAGCUGGAAAGGUUGAGAUAGGGGAAUUUAGAACAUAUCCGCCAACUGAUGAUCCUGUUUCAGAAUAUCAAACCAUCCCCUUGAACAAGAUCGAAGACUUCGUCGUACACUGUAAACAUGUUAUAUUAUUAUUGUUUUCAAAUUCGGUUAGAUUAGAGAUCUUUGAUACAUGCAUGUAUGUAUGUUUUAGAAUAUCUUGCUGAGUUUGUUUCUUGAUAUGCACUGGAUAUAACAUAUUUUAAAUCAUCACUUGACUGUCACAUCUUGGAUAUGUUAUGGAAUAAGUACAGGGUGAACACUCUUUCCUCGUCGCCUUUGCUGGGAAAUUGACACUAUUUAGCUGGACAAAUGUCUGAUUUGGCUGAAAAGCUAGAGCAAGCUGAAAAUUAUUUGUCACAUUUACGAUUUGGGCCUCUUAUAACUCUUUCUUUUUCAAGAAAGAAAGAGGAAGAAAAUGAACUUGCGAAAAUAACUAAGGACAAUGCAAAGAUAACGGUUGAGCAGAUUCACAAAUUAAUGUCACAGGUGGGUCUUUCUUCUCUUUCCAACUGUUUUGUAAUUUUGGAUCUUCUAAUUAUACAUAAUAAUCAUAUUCUCUUUGAUCAGGUUAUAAAGAACAUACUAUUCAAUUCAGUUAGACUGUUUAGCAGCAGCAACAGACACACAAUUGUUGUGAACAUUCUUCUAGUCCUAAACCUAUGGUUGAAACCUAAUUAAAAUCCUCAAUGGAUUACCAACUCUGUUUCUGACAUAUAUUUUCCUCUCUUUAAACCCCUAAACCUUACAUUUUUUGUUCUUUGUGAACUUAAUAAAGUUAGGAAUAUUCAGCGACUUAUUCUCCCAUGGGUUUACUUUGCCAAUUGCUUUUGCUUAGGUAUGUUUGAUACAAUCUGAUUCUGAUAUAGUGAACAGAGAAUAGAUAAUUGUAGAAAUUUAGGAGAGAGGAGAUAUAUAG